AUGUUACCAUAUGGCAGUUAUUUAGCAAUAUCAAUUGGUUCAGUUUGUGUCAUCAUUUUAGUUGGAUUUAUUAUUCUACUUAAAUUACCUCUUCGACGACUUGUUAUCUUGCUUGAAUCUGUAUUUCGCUUUAAAGAAGUACGAAAUAUUGGUGACGACUAUGCCGUUAUUGAUGUAUGUAAUGAUCAAUUUGAAAUAUCUAAAACUAUAUCAAGUCGUCUUCCUUUUGUAUUUGCACUUGGUAUGUGUUUCUUAGUUAUUAUUCUAGUAUUUAUCGAAGGAUGUAUUUUUUCAACUCGUCAUGUAUAUUCCACAAGAUUAUGCUCUGAUCGAACACCAAAUUGUUAUCUAUUUAAAUCACAACUAACAUCAUUUAAACCCAUAUAUAAUUUCAUUUGUGAACCCGAUAAACCAAUUAUUCCUAGCAAUAUGUCUGCUAGUUACGCAGUUUGCUAUGGUUUUGUGCUUCCUGAUCAAUCAUCAAUUGAUCUUCUCAAUCAACUUGGUGUCUGUGCAGGUAUUCUAUCGAUGGUUGAAUCUCUUUAUCCACUUGCUUAUAGAUUUGCACGUCAUAAAUAUAGACGUAUUUGUCUUAUUUUACUUAUUUGUGCAAUGAUAUUAUUAGAAAUUAUUGUCUUAUCAAUGCAAUUGAAUGUAACAUUUAUAACAAUCAUUUUACUGACAUUAACUGAAGUUUUAUUAGUGAAUAUUUUUGUUUUGCAGUAUAGACAUAUGAAAUAUCCUGCUAAUUUGACUCGGAUGGGAUCCUACAUAGAAAUGAAAGAUAUGCUUUAA